AUGGUUGCCGCACACUUUGAACUGUCGCCUCAGUGGCUCUCCAAGGCCCUGGGCUUCGACGUGGUCGGUGCUAAGUCUAGCCGGAUUGGAACGGGCCAAAUUGGCGAGGUGCACCGUAUUGAGCUCGAGUAUGGCUCCAAGACACGAGCAGGGCCUGCUUCAGUGGUGGCAAAAAUGGCCUCCCUUGACGGAGACUGCAAAUCCUUCGGCAUCGACUCUGGUCUGUACGAGCGAGAAGUCCGUUUUUACAAGGAGGUUGCCCCGCUUCUGACGACCGGGCCGAUCCCAACUGUUUACAGGGUGGAACGGGAUGAGGCGUCGGGAGAAUUCGUCAUCCUGAUGAGCGACAACGCUGGGAGGGUCGGCAGUGACAUCAAUGGGGCAACGUUGGAAGAGGCCAAGUUGGCCAUGUCGGAGCUCGGUAGACUUCACGGGUUGAUUUUGAACCAUGUACCCUUGGAAAAUCAUGGAUGGAUGAAGAGGACGAGGGCGUGGUCGUCGGAAGAGCACAUGUUGGGAUACUGGAAACUGUUUCAGGAGCGAUAUGGAGAUCGCCUCAAGCCAGAACACCGCGAGAUUGGCCAGAAAUUCAUCGACAGCUUCGAGGCGUACCAUGCCACCCUCGACGCAACUUCAGCCCCUACGGGCCUCGUCCAUGGAGACUAUCGCCUUGACAACAUCCUGUUCAGAGACACCGCAGACCUGCCAUUGACGUUGGUGGAUUGGCAGACAUGCUAUUGGGGACCUAUCCUUCACGACCCUUCCUACUUCUUGGGGCUCGCUGUGACGCCCGAGUUCCGCCGCGAGCACGGAGAGGAACUCUUGAAGAUAUAUCACCAGGCGCUUUCCGCGAGCUCUCCGUGCCCGAUCAGCAUCCAUGAAUGCAAAGCGGGUGUCCAGAUGCACAGUUUUACUGGAAUGCGUCAAGCCAUCACCGCGGCGAGUCUCGUGGAAAGAACAACCAGAGGAGACGAUCUGUUCCUGACCAUGUUCGAACGCAGCUGUGAGCACGUCAUUGACACGAAGGCGCUCGAGGUGUUGCCGCCACCGGUACCUAUCCCACAUCUAGAGCCCGAAGCCGCAGACGACGAGAUGCACCCGUUCAGCGACCACCCGCUUCAUAACGAAAGCUGGUAUUUCGACGUGGUUGACCUUGAGCAGCAGGUCGGGGCGUGGGUGAGACUCGGCGUCAUUCCCAACCAGAGCGGUUCGUGGUACCAUGCUUUGAUUUGUGGCCCACACAUACCCACGGUAGGAGUGAUCGAUUUCGAGGCUCCCCAUCCAGGAAAGGACCUUGUAGUUCAUGGCGCAGAAUAUACGGCCACACACGAAGCCGAAGUGCCUCUCCAGAAAUAUCGCAUCACUGUCAAAGGAAAAGGGGUGGCAUUCGACGAUCCAGCGGCAAUCUUACAAUACGCAACCGGGCGCCCCGUGGAUGUUCAGAUGGAUCUCCUUUUCGAAACAGACGGACACCCUUACAAAUGGCGCCGGGCAACCAGAUACGAGAUCCCCUGCAAGGUCACUGGGACGUUCUCGUGGGACGACCAGUCAUUCACCUUCACCAAGGCUAGAGGCCAACGGGAUCAUUCCUGGGGGCCUCGCGACUGGUGGGCCGCAGACUGGGUGUGGACUGCAUUCCACUUUGACGACGGGACUCACAGCCACCUUGUGCAUGCCAAAGCCAGAGGAGGUGGAGGGGACCAUCCUCACCUUGGGGUAGGAUAUGUCCAGAAAGAAGGAGAGCCGCUGGUUGAGAUGACCGAUGUCAAAGCAGCAGCUGAAAUGGCAGCAAAUGGUCUGGGCGGGCCAACCACCAUCACAAUGGCUCCGCUUCCACUCACCUUCUAUGUGAAACCUAUUGGACACGCCCCUCUCUGCCUGGUGGCCAAGGAUGGGAGGGUUGCAAAGUUUCCUCGCUCUUGGGCCGAAAUCACCACCAAUGACGGCCGCAAAGGGGCCGGCUGGCUGGAGUGGAACAUCAACGAGUGA